GACUUAGUAGCUGUCCAGGGCUGGAAGACUGGCACUCAGGAGGAGUUUGACAGCUACCUACCUACCUACCUGCCUGCCUGUCAGUCCAGUUGGAUGAUACGCGAAUCUCAUGGCGUUUCAGAGAACUGUUCUCCAAAAGCAUCCUCUUAUCAGAGAAAAGCAGUUCGUGUUAUGUUAAGCGUUAGUUAGAUAAAUAAAUGGACACAUCAACGUGCAUAAGGACAGCCUGUUCCUUCCUGGGGCAUGUCGUGCGUCACAAGUGACGUGACCUCCGGGUAGGAUUUGUAUGGUGCUGAACGUGUUCAAAGGUUUAUUCUACAAUGUUACAAAAGGAAUUCCACGGGGAUCUGCAACUAGCUCUUCAACUUUCCGAUUGUGUAGGUAAGAUACAUGAAAUGCAAUCAGUCGCGGACAUUUAGAGGAUGAUUAUCUAUUCUGAAUUCAGUUUUACGUGGGUCUGUUUUUCAUCUGUUGUCGAGGUGGAAUGGGUAGGAUCAGUGUCAGUAUGGAUGAUAUUUCUCAGUUUUCAAUCCAGCAUGUCGACGUCGAUUUCUGCACAAUGUUUUGUUGAUUUGUUGAUGACAAUGGGGACAAUGUUGCCACAACAAUUAUAGAUUUGAUACACUGUAACAGCUUGCUAUAACGUAAAGUUUCACUGACUUCUGUUGUUUCUGCUUGUCCAGCAGAAUGCCUUGUGAGGUAAAGCCUCGGUUCCUGGUUCUGUACGGGUCUCAGAAAGGCCAGGCCCAGUCCAUAGCUGAGGGGAUAGCUGACGAGGCCGAGGAGAGGGGACUGUUUGCUGACAUCUGCUGCUUGAGCGAAGGAGACAAGGUAAAGUUAACAAACACAAAAUAGUGUCAACCUGCCCUGCAUGGCAUGCAUUCCAAUGCGGGCACAACACCUAAAAUGGUAAACAUCGCCUACUAUCAAGCUGCUAAGGAAACAUAACUAGCUUAUGUAUGAGUGUAUUUGUGGCAGAUGUUGUUACUGGCCUGUUCUAUUCUCAUACAAAUACUGAUCCUGUUUUGUGUAUCCCGCCCCCAGUUUAACUUGGAGAAGGAGAGUGCUCCUGUGGUGUUCGUUGUGUCUACCACUGGGGAUGGGGACCCACCAGACACGGCCCUGAAGUUUGUCAACAGAAUCAAGAAGAAGACCCUGCCCAGCGACCUCUAUGCACACCUCUGCUAUGCUCUUCUAGGUAAGGAAGCAUUGUGUGUCUCAGACUAAAUGCCUAGUGCCGAGAUGAAUUGCUACUAUUGCUUUAAAAUAACAGAUUUUGUUGAUAGAUUGUGUGAUGGUCAAUACCUUGUUUUUCUCUGCUCCAGCUCUGGGUGAUACGAACUAUGCAAAUUUCUGCAACUGUGGGAAGACUAUUGAUGACCGUCUACAGGAACUUGGCGCUAAACAUUUCUACGCAACAGGACAUGCAGACGACGGUGUAGGGUAAGGCCCAAGGUUUUUUAAUAGGGAAAAUAAUACAUCUUAUUACAUGUUGAUGUAUGAGAAACACUUGAAAUCCUGGCACUCACCUAGGAAGCUUUUAAGUAGGGGUACAAUGUCUUCAUGAAUCGGUAGCAAUAAAAGUGGUAUCAAUACAGACACACUUUGAAUAUACUUUCCCUACUUACCUCGUGUCACCUCAUUUGUGGUGUGUGGCACAUUAUCUUUCAGAUCCCUCACACUGCUUGUCUCUGAGUCUGAGUAGACUUUGCUUUAUGUCCAGGUUUCAGUUGGUAGUGGUCUCUUAGGGUCUUUCUCAUGUUAAUAGUUUAGCUCUUAAUCCAAACCUUGUCGUGUGUGUGUGUGUGUGUGUCCAGGCUUGAGUUGGUGUUGGACCCCUGGCUUGAAGGACUGUGGGAGGCCAUCAGAGGAGCGUUAUCCAAGAUGGCCGCCCCUCAGCCUGAGAGCGAUGGCCAUGUUAGGGACCUGAAAGCAUCGUCGAACGAAACGCUCGAAUCGUCAGCGACAGACAUCAAACUCCACCUCCUGAGUCUCAACGAAUCAGAAUACCAGAGCGCAGACUCCCUCAGAACAGCAGCGAGUGCUAAGACUGAUUCUCUGGCUGUUUCACCAUCAGAGACAGGGAGCGCAGUCACAGGGACUGCUCUUAAACUUGAUGGUGUUGUCUCUGAUCCCAAGUCAGUGUUGGAGACACAGAGUGGACAGACCGGGGCUCCCCGUGCUGUUGUAGAGGCUUCUCUGACACGCUCCUUGCCCCCGCUGUCUGAGUCUGCCCUCAAUGUCCCAGCUCUGCCUCCACCCUACCUGGAUGUGACACUUCAGGAAGCCACCAUAGAAGAAGAGGUGUGUUGUGGUAAUACUGGGUUCUUUUAGCACUAUUACAUGGUUCACCUUUGAAUUGAAAGUUGUCAAUCACUCAUAUUUGUUUGAAUUCUAACAUCACCAGCCCCUCAUCUCCCUCCCCAGACCAGUACUCCGGUCAGUAAGGAGACACUUCACGAGGUUCCCAUCUCAAGGGCAUUCCAGCUGACCAGAGACGACUCCGUUAAAACAGCCCUUCUGAUUGAGAUGGACAUCUCAGUGAGUGGCAGUCACUCUCUUACAACAUGGUUUCAUGCAGAGACCAAUAGAUUGGCCAAUAGAUCGAAUUGGUAGUUAAACUAGUUUCUUUACUCCAUCCUCUCCUCUGUGUACCAGGCCCACCCUAUGGCCUACCAGCCUGGAGACUCGCUUGAUGUGCUCUGCCCAAACAGAGCCUCCGAGGUGGGGGAGCUGCUCCAUAGACUGGGCUUACAGGACCAGAAGGGCCACCGCGUCCAGCUCUCACUGCGCAAAGAAACCAAGAAGAAAGGUAUGCUAUUCUCUGUAGUCAUACAUGGGACAGCAACAGUGUUAAAAAAAUUAGUAAAAUAGUCUCUAUAUACUAUAUAGUUCAAUAGUCAUGACAUUAAACAAAUAUAUUAAAACUGUAUGUAACUACACACAGUGUCUGUAAUCAAUGUAAAAUGUGACCCAGUGUUGUUUCCCUCCAGCCGCUCAGAUCCCCUCCUACAUCCCAGAGAACAGCACUCUGCACUACCUGCUUACCUGGAGUCUGGAGAUCAGGACUGUCCCUAAGAAGGUACCUUCUCCUUUCACUUCCUGUACCUGAACUACCCAGUCCAGAACCUGUCUGUGAAAGAGAGAGAGAGACACUCUAGGUCCUACUGAGCAUGUGUGGCAGACAGCUAAGGUUGCAGUGUUGGCAGGGACAGUAGGGUGCAGGAAUGUAGCCUGGGUGCCAAGCCUGUCUCUGCCUCAGCCAUCUUGCCGUAGUCUUGUUUGGCAAGGCGUCAAUGUAACAUUGUUGAACGCAGAAAAAGUCCCAGCAGUCCAGAAGUAACUACAAAUAUGAACAAUACUAUCUUGGACAAUAGUUUUUUUGCUAUGUGGUGUGUAAUGUCACUUUGUGUCUUCUCAGGCGUUCCUCCGUUCCCUGGUGGAGUGUACAGGAGACAGUGGUGAGAGGAGGAGACUACAGGAGCUGUGUAGUAAACAGGGAUCAGCCGACUACAACCUCUAUGUCAGAGACCCCUAGCCUCGGCCUAUUGGACCUGCUCAGGGCUUUCCCCGCCUGCCAGCCCCCUCUCAGCCUCCUCAUAGGUCAGAGCACACUCCCUCUCUUGUCAGUCAUAAUGUCUGAGCUGUUGUUUUGCUUUUACACGUCACAAAACAUGUCUCUAGUUUCUAAUGAUCACCAAUACGGCGAUGUACUGCUAUUCCUUACCUAACCAGCAGAGGGCAGUAUAGCCUCAGGAAAUGCAGGUUCAAUCAAAUUUUACAUUGUGCGUUUCCCCCUACUUAGCUAUUUUUUCCUUCUUUUUUAACUCAACUUGGGUUUUUUCAAAAUGUUUUACUGACUCCUAAAUGGCCAAACCAAUGUUCCUGCAUGGCUUCAAUCAAGUCUUGAUCUAGUACCCCAAAAAGGAAAUUGUUAAAUUACAUAUUCUUGCGACCCCUCCCUCAGUGGUUCCAUCCUGUCUCUCCAUUUGGUCACCCCAGACACAGAGAACUAUUGGCUGCAGACAGACAGGCAUUAUAGUCUGUCAUGGCAUAAGGCCUAGACUUGCGCUGAGGAUGACUUAUGUAGAUUUAGUUGUAGCCCAUUGGAAAGGACAUUUCUAUCAUAUUGUACUUAAAAGUAAUCUAAUACUCAUAAAAAAUACUUAGACUGGAUCUGUGUUUUGUGUCCCAUUUGCACGUGUUAUGUUGGGAUGUCCUCCCCCAAAGAGGCGGUGUCAUGACUUAAUAUCCUAAUAAAAUGCUAACAGCAGCCCCUUUUCAGUAGUAGAACCGGGCGAUGCAGAAAUUUGGCCAUUUUAUAAAUGGGGACAUUAGUACCCUGGUGAAGAAUGUGCUGGUGGAAAUGUUUUGGGUCCACUAGCUGUUGGCUGGGGUCCUGUCAUUGACUAUCCUACUACAUUUAACAGGGGCAUAGCUACAGAGCUGUGGAGGGCAGGGCAGUCCACGGGUUAACGAUCACUACUGCUCUCACUGUGUCUGUGUUAAAACACAUUUACUGGCCUCGGGGUGCACCAUUAGCUUUGACUGAGUGAGUUUAAGGUGGAGUAAAGCUUUGUGCUUAACUAUUAGCUUUACUGUGGCAUUGACUCGCCAAGCUACAGACGCUGUGGAAUGUAAAGGUUGGAUAAAGAGGUGAUCUGUAAUUGUAAUCCACUUUGGGGUUAAGAUUUCUCAUCUUGUGUAAUGGCCAAAAACCUGAAGGAACAGUUUUUAUUUUAUUGUAUUUUUUUACAACAAAAAUCGCCAUCACUACUAGAAAGAAAUUAAAGGAGUAUCUUGUGAUAUGCAUCAGAUUCCUUCUUCCAGUAAUGUCAAGUGAUGUGUAGAUUGUCACCCCCCCCCCCCCCCCCUCCCUUGUGUGUUCAUUUUCUGUGAUAGAAAGUCUGCUGUCAGAACUCAGAGGCCUGGCCGGGCUGCAGACAGACAGACAGACAGGGAAUGGGACAGUUAAUGGGCAUGUUAAACCUGUCGUUGAGGAGAUUAGAAUGCCAGUGGGGAGAUGGAACUCCAGCAGUGCCUGAGGUUGGGGGGGCUACUGGGUACACCAUGUCUCAGUGAUACACCCUGAGCUGUUUACUGUAGAAGAGCUGAGUUAGUCCUAGCUGUUCUGGUUCUCUCUCUCUCUCUCUCUCUCUCUCUCCUCUCCUACUCCUUCCUCUUCCUCCUCCUCUCCUCUCCUCCUCUCCUCUCGCUGUUUGGGUUACUUUAGGGUGUAAGUGAAAAAUGGGUUGAGAUGUUCUAAUCUUCUUCACUCACCCCAAACCAUUACAUUGGACACAUUUAGCAGACUCUGAUCCAGAGCGACUUACUUUUUUGUACUGGUCUCCAUGGGAGUCAUAACCACAACUCUGGCAUUUCAAGCGCCAUGCUCUACCAACUGAGCCACACCGUACCCAACUGAUGUUUCUCCAAAAAGGAAUAUUUUGUUCGAGAAUUUAACUCGGACCUUCAUAGUAACUUUUCCUGGUACCAUAUUCCUCAGAGGCCUCAUGCCCAGACUUCAAAUUACCCCAAAAGAGGGCACCUUCAUGGCUGACAUUGAAAUACGGUGGACAUUAACUAUCUCCAUCCUACAUGCACCACAUCUACACUCUCUGGGGAUAUCAAAACUUUCUGAUUUCAUGAAUACAGAAGUAUGCCCUAAAAUAAAUGUGCGUGAGGCGUAUGAAUCUGUGUGUAUAACGAGGAAAUAGGACUUGGAGGUUAGGUGGGUGAAUCUCAACUCUGAAGUAGGACUGCCCCUCCUCAGCUCCUUUACGCCAUUGACAGUGAUCUAAAUAGAAAGGGGAUAGUGAUAGAAUGGAUGGAUGCCUCCCUAUGGGGAUAUCCUCUCACCUGUUGCAUUUUCCUUUUCCUUUCAGAACAUUUGCCCAAACUGCAACCAAGACCGUACUCCGCGGCAAGGUAAGCUGGUGUACUAGGGCAGCAGGUAGUCUAGCGGUGACAGCGUUGGGCUAGUAACCGAGAAGGUUGCUGGUUCGAGUACCCGCGCCGACAAGGUGAAAAAUCUGUCGACGUGCCCUUGAGCAAGGCACUUAACCCUAAUUUGCACCAGGGGUGCUGUACUACAAUGGCUGACCCUGUAAAACUGCACCUAUCCUGUGGGAAUUUAUUUUUAAAAAGAUUUGGGGGAGGGGAAGAGAAAAUAGAGAAAGAUCAAAGAAGUUGAGUGGGGGAUAGAGAACGCGGGAUGGAGAGAGAGAAGUCCACCAGAGCGAGAGGAAUCAGAGAUGGAGGGAGAAAGAGAAGGCGAUUUUAAAGAAAGAGAGAGAGGGUCCAGUUACAGUGUUUGUGGAUGAGAAUCACAGGGUUGUUUACUGUAAUUUAGCAUCCCAGGCAUGGCUGGGCCUGUUUUAUCUAUCUAAUGAUGUACCGCAUUCACGUUCACACUUCUUUCCAUAGCCUGAUCAGUGGAGCAUCAACAGGACUGUGGUAUAUUUAAGCAAUAAGGCCCGAGGGCGUGUGGUAAAUGACCAAGGCUAAGGGCUGUUUGUACACACGAUGCAAUGCAGAGUGCCUGGAUACAGCCCUUAGCCUUGGUAUAUUGGCCACAUACCACAAACCCCAGAGGUGCCUUAUUGCUAUUAUAAACUGGUUACCAACGUAAUUAGAGCAGUAAAAAUAAAUGUUUUGUCAUACCUGUGGUAUACAGUGUGAUAUACCACGGCUGUCAGCCAAUUAGCAUUCAGGGCUCGAACCAUCCAGUUUAUAAAUUCACUUAUUUACCCUCUACGUAAUCUACUGGAACAAGACUAUGGUAUAUAGUCACUUAUUUACCCUCUACAUACUGGAAAAGACUAUGGUAUACAGCCACUUAUUUACCAUCUACUUACCUGAACAAGACUAUGGUAUACAGUCACUUAUUUACCCUCUACAUACUGGAAAAGACUAUGGUAUACAGCCACUUAUUUACCAUCUACAUACUGGACAAGACUAUGGUAUACAGUCACUUAUUUACCAUCUACUUACCUGAACAAGACUAUGGUAUACAGUCACUUAUUUACCAUCUACAUACUGGACAAGACUAUGGUAUACAGUCACUUAUUUACCAUCUACUUACCUGAACAAGACUAUGGUAUACAGUCACUUAUUUACCAUCUACGUACUGGAACAAGAUAAUACACUUACAGUACCUUCAUAUCUUUUCUCCACUAUUUCUCCUAGUCUUUUACUCUAUCACUUCCCCUUUCACUACUUCUACUCUCUCUCCCUCUCUCCCCCUCCAGCUCCAGUUUAAGACAUCCAGGUCGGCUGCACUUUGUGUUCAACAUCAUAGAGUUCCCAGCAUGCACUGGGAGACCAGUGGGGAAGCGAGGCCUGUGUACUGGUUGGCUCUCUGACCUCGUCGAUCCCAUCCUGGUGCAUCCUGGGAAGGCUCCGUCUUCCAGCACCUCAGCCCUCCCUAAGGUGAGUAGUGGAGUCACCUGUGUGUGUGUGUGUGUGUGUGUGUGUGUGUGUGUGCAUACAAACGUAACAUGUAAAGUGUUGGUCCCAUGUUUCAUGAACUGAAAUAAAUGUUAUUUCUCGCAACUUUUGUGCACAAAUUUGUUUACAUCCCUGUUAGUGAGCAUUUUUUUUUUGCCAAGAUAAUCCAUCCACCUGACAGUUGUGGCAUAUCAAGAAGCUGAUUAAACAGUAUGAUCCUUACACAGGUGCACCUUGUGCUGGGGACAAUAAAAGGCCACUCUAAAAUGUGCAGUUUUGUCACAUAACACAAUGCCACAGAUGUCUCAAGUUUUGAGGGAGCGUGCAAUUGGCAUGCUGACUGCAGGAAUGUCCACCAGAGCUGUUGCCAGAUAAUUUCAUGUUAAUUUCUCUACCAUAAACCGCCUCCAACAUCGUUUUAGAGUAUUUGGCAGUACGUCCAACCGGCCUCACAAUUGCAGACCACGUGUAACCACGCCAGCCCAGGACCUCCACAUCUGGCUUCUUCACCUGCGGGAUCGUCUGAGACCACACCCGGACAGCUGAUGGAACUGUGGGUUUGCACAACUGAAGAAUUUCUGCACAAACUGUCAGAAACCGUCUCAGGGAAGCUCAUCUGCAUGCUCAUUGUCUUCACCAGGGUCUUGACCUGACUGCAGUUCGGCGUCAUAACCGACUUCUGUGGGCAAAUGCUCACCUUCAAUAGCCACUGUGCUCUUCACGGAUGAAUUCCGGUUUCAACUUUACCGGGCAGAUGGCAGACUGUGUGUAUGGCGUCGUGUGGGCGACGCCAUAUGUCAAUGUUGUGAACAAAGUGCCCCAUGGUGGCUGUGGGGUUAUGGUAUGGGCAGGCAUAAGCUACAGACAACGAACACAAUUGCAUUUUAACGAUGGCCAUUUGAAUGCACAGAUACUGUGACGAGAUCUUGAGGCCCAUUGUCGUGCAAUUCAUCCGCCACCAUCACCUCAUGUUUCAGCAUGAUAAUGCAAGGCCCCAUGUCGCAAGGGUCUGUACACAAUUCCUGGAAGCUGAAAAUGUCCCAGUUCUUCCAUGGCCUGCAUACUCACCAGACUUGUCACCCAUUGAGCAUGUUUGGGAUGCUCUGAAUUGACGUGUACGACAGCGUGUUCCAGUUCCCGCCAAUAUCCAGCAACUUCGCACAGCCAUUGAAGAGGAGUGGGACAACAUUCCACAGGCCACAAUCAACAGCCUGAUCAACUCUAUGCGAAGGAGAUGUGUCGCACUGCAUGACUCAUGGUGGUCACACCAGAUACUGACUGGUUUUCUGAUCCACGCCCCUACCUUUUUUUAAAGGUAUCUGUGACAAACAGAUGCAUAUCUGUAUUCCCAGUCAUGUGAAAUCCAUGGAUUAGGGCCUAAUUUAUUUAUUUCAAUUGACUGAUUUCCUUAUAUGAACUGUAACUCAGUAAAAUCUUUGAAAUUGUUGCAUGUUGCGUUUUAUAUUUUUGUUCAGUGUAUAUAUGUGUGACACACCCAUAAACACUUUUUGACCUUUGACCACAGGUCCAUGUGAGUCUGCGUCAGAACUGCUCCUUCCGCCUGCCCUCUGACCUCUCCAAACCCCUCAUCAUGAUUGGACCAGGCACCGGGGUUGCGCCCUUCAUUGGAUUCCUACAACAAAGGUACAGCCCACAAAGAUGGAGGAUUCAUACUAACCAGGAUAUUGUUGUGUUCUAAAGGAUGCUUGUUUAUCUGGUCAGUGAGUGGAAGUGUUGUUUGAGUUGUGAAGACCAACUCUUUGUGAAGUUUACUCUCUAUGGCUCAAGAACACUGACAUGAAUUACAAGGCUGCUAUAACAAGUAUGAUGCAACAGGAAGUGUUUCAGCUUGGAUCAGUGUGUUAAAUCAAAAUGUUUACUGUUCAAGUACACCAUCAAUGAAUAUUAAUAUUUAACAAUGCUUAAGUGAUGUCAUCUGUAAGUUAGUCAUACGUUGUUUUGCAUUGAUCUCCAUAAUCAAUGACUAGAGAUCCCACCAAAGGUUUUGCAAUGCUCUCUGUCCAAUAAGUCUUUAUAAUAUAUCAUAAUAUAAUAUGCCAUUUAGCAGACGCUUUUAUCCAAAGCGACUUACAGUCAUGCGUGCAUACAUUUUGUGUGUGGUGGUCCUGGGGAUCGAACCCACUACCUUGGCGUUACAAGCGCCGUGCUCUACCAGCUGAGCUACAGAGGACCACAAGGUUGAUGGUGGUAUAAUAGCAAUGUGACAGACCGAGCUGUGAUCACGUCUGGGAUCAGUUCUUCAGUGAAACUACCUGUAGGAGGAAAUUACCUCUAAACGUUGAUUUGAAGGUCCGUUGUGUGUUCUACCCCUAUUGGUUAAAGGGCCAAUCUGCGGUUGCUACAUCCAUGUUUUGGCUUAUAUAUUAAUGAUAUGUACCCAUUGAUUCUUAAAAAAUAGAACUUUAUAAAUGCCUCAUUCGCUUAGUUCAACUGUCGUACCCCAUCAGAACCCAAAAUAUAAACUUGUUUUACUCCCAAUGUUUUUAAACGAUGUAAAUGUAAACAAAUAGUUAAUAGCCUCAACAUGGUUAAAACUAUCAUGUUGAUAUCAUGGAUGGUCAGUCCCUUGCAUCCAUAGCUCUGUCUAUGAAUUUGAGAGUGGUUACCUUUCUCCAGCCCCAUCCCUCAGCUCUUUACCGAAAUGCUUAAUUGUUUCAACCGCUGAUUGCCCCUUUUUAAUGUUAGGAUUUGGAGAGGGUAAGCUGAUCCUAGAUCUGUGCCUAAGGGCAACUUCCCACUGAGGUAAUAAGUCAAGCCAUUCCAGAGAUGUUGGCUGUCUGUCUGGGGUUUAUGACUUGGACUGUAAUGAACAGCCGAUGGAGAUGUAUUGAUUUGAAUGUAAAGAGGCCUACAGACGGUCUGUGUUAAUGUAAAUCAUAGCUGGUCAUUACUGGGAGGUGCACCGCUGCUCAGACACGGUUCACACCACCCGCCAACUACGAGUGUGCACGUGCGUGCAUGGUUGAUGAAUGGCUCACGUUGCUAGUUCAACUACACCAACCUGUCAAUGUCGUGAUCGAGCGUGUUCUCCCAUUUGCAGUCAGUGACAUCCCCUCACUGUUGUGCCCUGCUGUUCAGGGCAUUAGUUGACUUAAUUUUCAAGCUUUUACAGUUUCUUGUGUCAACUAAAGAAAUCAAUGUUUCUUGGCACUUCUCAGGCUUUAGCCUAGACCCAGAAAAAACUAGCAAUGUCACAUCUGGAGAGAUGCUCUCCAGUGUGUUUUUCUCUUUUAGUAUGGGGCUGCAAAAUCAGUGCAGUCUGGGUUGUCGGUUCUUGUAUGGAAUUACAUGUACCCACCACAAUUUACAUUAAGCGUCCUCUUGCAUGUGAAACAUUUCUCAGAUUAGCGAUGACAUGUCUGUCAAGUUCCUUUCAAACCUGAUUUGAUAUAACUCGGACAUUCCGCUCUAUAGCAUUAGAAAAUGUUUUCAUGUCUACAAUAUCACCAAUCAGUAACAUACAGGUACAUAGUAGCCUUCAGUAAGCCCUGGUGAUUGGCUGUAGAAAGGCAGCUUCUUGUUUCUAAUUGCAUUUCUCCAUAGACAUUCCUUUUCUCGACAUAAAGCUUUUCACCGCAAGAUGAUGAAGAAGUUGGGUGAAACUAUCUUUCAGUGCUCCCUUUUCUCUCUCUGUCUGUCAGAUUGUAAAACCUGUCACGAGGAAAGCUUUGUACAGUGCCUGACUUAAGAUUCCAAACAAGGCGUCUACCCCUGAUGUCGUGCUUUGAUAAGAGAUAACAACGUCCAUUUUGUCAACAGGACGCUGUAUCACCAACAGCCAUUUUGAAAGCAGGACGCCAACAAAGCCUGAAGGGCCUCCUUUUAGCAACAAAGCAGCAUGGGGACGUUUCACUUCUUCCUCCCUCUCUCCCUCCGUCGCUUCCCUCUCCCCUCACUCUUUCCUCCUCCGUUGCUCCCUCUCCCCUCCCCCCUUCUGUCAUCCUGUCUUCCUCUGUCAAUCGAUGGAUGUUUUGAAAAUGACUGUUCCACUUUAUAACUGCAGGAGCGAUGGAGAGAGGGGGAGAGCGAUGGGGAGAGGGAGAGCGAUGGAGAGAGGGGGAGAGCGAUGGGGAGAGGGAGAGAGCAGAAGCGAUGGAAAGAGGGAGAGUGAUGGUGUUACGAACCCUCGUGGCGUCAUAAACGUCUAGGGUGGAUUGGACCAUGAUACCCAGAUACAUAAUUAUGCAAAAUAGUAGUGUGGCCUGGAGCAGUGAUAACAAAUGUGGACACAACAACCAUGGAAACUACCGUCAAACACAAAUGGUUUUAUUACCCUAAACACACUGGUAAAGGUUUGGGAAAAAGGUGCUGAGCAGGAGACCCAAAGAAAAUGAAACAAUAGUGUAAAAACCCCCUCAACUGGAUCCUCGUCCUGCCUGGAAGAACCGCUAGGCUACUGCUAGUCAUACUAAAAGUACAGUGGGUAGGUCCGCUCAGGUCCUAACUAGUGUUUUGAGACAGAAUUCGUCCUACGGUGAAUGUACCGCCCGAAGGGCAACUAGCUUAAACGCCCCUUUUCCCAGAAACACACAAACAGCUAACCAAACAGGGUAAUCAGGCAACAAAGUAAGUCACCAAUAACAGGACAACCACAGUACCACACCACAUAAAGAAAUAGGCUUCUAACAAAGUUACCAAUAGGGUAACCAACACCUUAGUGAGUACACAACACACAGGACACCACCGUGUCCAUACUCAAUAUGGCCAAAAAUCUCUCUCCUCAACAAACACAAGUGACUGGUUUUAUAUAAUGGGAUGUGUGGAUUGAACAAACUAGUAACAGGUGGUGCAAUGCACAGGAAGUUCCCCUGAAUUGGUUCCAAUCAGCAGACACCUCAACGACCACCAAUCAGGAAGCGAUACAGGUACACCUGUGAUUAGGGCAAGAAGGAGAGAACACACAAAAACACAGGAUACCUGUAUCCGUAACAGAUGGAAAGAGGGAGAGCGAUGGGGAGAGGGAGAGCGAUGGGGAGAGAGGGAGAGCGAUGGGGAGAGGGAGAGCGAUGGGGAGAGAGGGAGGGAGAGCGAUAGGGAGAGCGAAGGAGAGAGGGAGCGAAGGAGAGAGGGAGAGGGAGCGGUUUAAAUAUCAUAACUCGGUGGGAUCUGGAGACCUCUGGCUGUCUGACAUUGAUUAGUCGUCUGAGCUUAAGGAUGAGUAAUUCAUUGAGGUUGUUCACCGGAUGACAGGUAGUUGAGUUUGGUUACUGUAAAUGACUCUAUAGUAUCUCCACAUUCAGCUGAAUGCAUUCAAAAUAGGGCAUGCUAAUGUCUUUGAAAUUCGGCAUCCAGGUACAGUAUUCAUAGCUCAGUGGUACUUCCUGGAAUUAUCACGGACAGUCUCCUAAAACUCCCACAACACCACACAUACAGAACAUAAAACCCAUUCAGCAUUCCUCUGUAGCUCAGCUGGUAGAGCACGGCGCUUGUAACGCCAAGGUAGUGGGUUCGAUCCCCGGGACCACCCCAUACACACAAAAAAAUUAUGCACUCAUGACUGUAAGUCGCUUUGGAUAAAAGCGUCUGCUAAAUGGCAUAUUAUUAUUAUUAUUAUUAUUAUUAUUAUUAUUAAAUCAAAUAAUUGCUGCAUUUACAGAGACCUCAUUCCUGUUCAAUCACAGUUUCCUCUAAUCCUUUUUCAUCUGAGAGGCAACUGCCUCCUUUGGACCCAGAAUGGAGUCUCUGGCUCUGAUGCUGUGACGCUGUUUCCCUCAGGGCCUGUGGUCUGGGCAGAGAUGUGAUUUGUAUUCAGAGGGAGUGGCAGUUUGGUCUGUGUGGCGCAGUAGACAUAGAAGCCAGGCUUUUCAUAUUGAUAUUGAUCCUUGUGAGGAGGGGAGAGGAGCCCAGUUAAAUACGUUUACUGAUUUUUAAUCAGGAAUUGCAGAUUGACAAUAGUGGAUGAUGUCACUUGUUAGGUCUGCUCUCUGCUUAACUAAGGGAUGCAUCAAUGAGACUGGAAUGUUCUGGGUAUUCAGAAACCUUAUCCAGUCAAGGUUCUCCACAUCUGAUAGCGCCUGGCCUGUUGCUGGUCAGGUGACUAAUGUGAUGGUGAAGGUCGGAGGUGUUAUCAGGAGAGAGAUGUCACCCCCCCCCAGCGGGUGUGUAGAUCACAGCACACUGCCUGAGCGUUUUGUGUCUUUGUGCCACCUCUGUGCAAAGGAUUCUGGGAGCCCUGACAGACUCGUUGGCCACAGGAGGAAUCACUUUUAUAGAAGUGGGGCUGACGUGCGGAGGGAGAUGUGUACACACAAACACACACACACGUGCGCACGGCGAGAACUCAAGUCCUUGUUACAUCUAUGGUGUAGUGUGAUCCAUCUCUUUAGUAGCAUGUUAUUUUAGUGUCCCCUCUGUACUUCAUCAUUCCCCUCUGUACUUCAUCAUCCCCCUCUGUACUUCAUCAUUCCCCUCUGUACUUCAUCAUUCCCCUCUGUACUUCAUCAUUCCCCUCUGUACUUCAUCAUUCCCCUCUGUACUUCAUCAUUCCCCUCUGUACUUCAUCAUUCCCCUCUGUACUUCAUCAUUCCCCUCUGUACUUCAUCAUUCCCCUCUGUACUUCAUCAUUCCCCUCUGUACUUCAUCAUGCCCCUCUGUACUUCAUCAUGCCCCUCUGUACUUCAUCAUGCCCCUCUGUACUUCAUCAUUCCCCUCUGUACUUCAUCAUUCCCCUCUGUACUGUAUAGAUGUUGUAGGGAGAUCCAACAGUGUCACUGCUCCCUAAAACCUCUGCUGUGAGCCAGGACUCUGUCUCAUCUUUAACCUCUGCUGUGAUCAAGGACACUGUCUCAUCUUUAACCUCUGCUGUGAGCAAGGACACUGUCUCGUCUUUAACCUCUGUUGUGAGCAAGGACACUGUCUCAUCUUUAACCUCUGUUGUGAGCCAGGACACUGUCUCGUCUUUAACCUCUACUGUGAGCAAGCACACUGUCUCGUCUUUAACCUCUGCUGUGAGCAAGGACACUGUCUCGUCUUUAACCUCUGCUGUGAGCAAGGACACUGUCUCGUCUUUAACCUCUGCUGUGAGCAAGGACACUGUCUCGUCUUUAACCUCUGCUGUGAGCAAGGACACUGUCUCGUCUUUAACCUCUGUUGUGAGCAAGGACACUGUCUCGUCUUUAACCUCUGUUGUGAGCAAGGACACUGUCUCGUCUUUAACCUCUGCUGUGAUCAAGGACACUGUCUCGUCUUUAACCUCUGCUGUGAGCAAGGACACUGUCUCGUCUUUAACCUCUGCUGUGAGCAAGGACACUGUCUCGUCUUUAACCUCUGCUGUGAGCAAGGACACUGUCUCGUCUUUAACCUCUGUUGUGAGCCAGUACUCUGUCCCGCCUCUGAGUUUUUAUUGAUUGGGCUUUGAGUUCUCCUCCAGUGUAUUUAUAUUUAUUUAUUUUCACCUCCUUUUUUCUCUUUCAGGGAGAAGGAGAGGGAGGGAAACCCGGAGGCGGAGUUUGGUGAGACCUGGCUGUUCUUCGGUUGUCGCCAUAGAGACCGAGACUUCCUAUUUAG